UAAACCAACCGGGGAGGGAGAUCCUGCACCCUGGACCCUGGGCAAGCGGUGCAGCGAGGAGGAGGAGGAGGAGAAGGCGGCGGAUAGACGUGUGCGGGGAUGAUGGGCGGCGCGGGGAAGCGGUGAUCCCGCAAAACCCCCCUCCCCACUGGCGCGCGUGCACACACAGCAUUUACACUUGCACACACACAUCCACGUCCGCACACGCCUGCGCCGCACGCUCGCCGGGUCGUUCUCCCACGCAGGCGGAAUGCAGCAGCAGCAGCAGCAGAAGCAGCAGCAGCUCAGCGUUCCCGCGAGCCGGGGGGCCCACUAGGGCAGGGCGCACGGGUGGACGGACGCGCCAGCCCGGCCGGAGCCUGAACAGUUUUAGAUGGUACAGCCUUACUACACGGUGUAAGAAAUGGCUGUAGGAAACAAUACUCAGCGAAGUUAUUCCAUCAUCCCAUGUUUUAUAUUCGUUGAGCUUGUCAUCAUGGCCGGGACAGUGCUGCUUGCCUACUACUUCGAAUGCACUGACACUUUUCAGGUGCAUAUCCAAGGAUUCUUCUGUCAGGAUGGAGACUUGAUGAAGCCUUACCCAGGGACAGAGGAAGAAAGCUUCAUCACUCCUCUGGUGCUCUAUUGCGUGCUGGCUGCCACCCCAACUGCUAUUAUUUUUAUUGGUGAGAUAUCCAUGUAUUUCAUAAAAUCAACCAGAGAAUCUCUGAUUGCCCAGGAGAAAACAAUUUUGACUGGAGAAUGCUGUUAUCUGAACCCUUUGCUCCGAAGGAUAAUAAGAUUCAUAGAAUGUCCUGUAGUGACAGUUAGCAGAAGGCUUAUUGGAGAACCUCUGAUCAGCAAAAUACCAUUACUGUCUAAAUAG